CAUACAUCAGUCGGAGGUCUGGGGGACAGUUUCUAUGAGUACCUGCUGAAGGCCUGGCUCAUGUCAGACAAGACCGACACAGAGGCCCGCAAGACCUACGAUGACGCUAUCGAGGUACGCACCACACCGUUACCUGGUCUCCAUGGAGAUGGCUUUGAUUGGCAAACACACAGCUGUGUUUCAACUCCAUCUAGCCUACCCUGAAAUAGCAACUACCUUACUCUAUAUCCUUCAGGCCAGAUAGUUAGGAUUGCUCCUCAACUCCUCAAAGUCCUUUAACUGCAGGGUCGACUGGGUUCAAUGUUUGCCUUUUAUUCAGUGUGUGAUUUAGUUAACAGUAAGCAGAUGCCUGGACUUUGUGGCCAGUUAUUGAUGUUGAUUGAUCAGGUACAGUAGGUGCCAGGGGGAGGAGGAGAACAGCAGAUGUUGCUGCUGCUCUCAAGGACUGGAGCUGAGGACACUUACACAACUUUGUUCCUGUUCCCUCUACUGUGCCAGGGACUAACUACCUGUCCUCUAUCUCUCUCUCUCGCUCUCUCUCCUCCCUACACACACACAUACACACACCUACCCCUUCUACCAUCACCACCCACACCCAUUCCCCACCCCCCUCCAGGCCAUCGAGCGCCACCUGAUCCGUAAGUCCAACGGCGGCCUGACGUUCAUCGGGGAGUGGAAGAAUGGCCACCUGGAGAGGAAGAUGGGUCACCUGACCUGCUUCGCCGGGGGGAUGUUCGCUCUGGGGGCCGACGGCUCGCCUGACGACAAGGCUGGACACUACCUACAGCUUGGGGCUGAAAUCGCACACACCUGCCACGAGUCCUACGACCGCACCGGUGAGACGGAGACAAACACACAUGUCUAAACAUAUAGGGAAAUCAAAGAAAGUUUAGGUAUAAAUGGUAACUUAUUAUGGGGUGGUUUGGUUGCCAUGGAUUAUAGUUGUUGCCAGAUGUUGAGUCAGAUUUUGUGAGUUUAGUUGAGUUUUUUUUUAAGUGAGGUUACCAUGGGAACUGGCUGAACUUCCUGGAAGUAAAGUUUGACAGUGAUGAUAUUUCAGUUUUAUCCAGUUGUCUCUGGUUCCCAUCCACAGUGACAAGGCGUGCAGAACAAAUCUGUCAAAAAUCUCCUGUCUGCUACUUGAUCACUGUAAUCUGCUCCUAUUACUCUAAACGUUUAAUUGGCAGGAAAUAUGUUGUGUACUUAUGCUAAACCAGGAAAAUCAAUGGAUAUUGAACAUCUCUCCACCCCCCCCCCCCCCUUCUCUCUCACUCCCUCCCCUUCCUCCCUAGUGUUGAAGCUGGGUCCGGAGGCCUUUAAGUUUGACAGUGGCCUGGAGGCGGUGGCGGUGCGUCAGAAUGAGAAAUACUACAUCCUGAGGCCAGAGGUCAUUGAGACCUACUGGUACAUGUGGAGGUUCACCCACGACCCCAAGUACAGGCAGUGGGGCUGGGAGGCAGCACAGGUAAGCCACUGGAAAAUCACUACAAACUAGUAUUACUACUCCUACCAUAUUGUACUUAUGCUUCUACUUAUCCAUCCAUGCCCAAUCCCCUAUCAACCCCUAACCCCUAGCAGUACCUUCUCUGCACCAGUGUACAUCUGAAAGAAUUGGAUAAGUGCAUGGACCCAUUGUAAUUUAAAGAGAGCGGAUCAAAGUGUGAAUCAGACUAAUGCUACUUGAGGACAGAGAAUACUCAUUUUUCUCUCCAUUUAUAGUCUUUUUUUCCCCCAUCUCUGUUCCCUCUUAAGGCUUUUAUUUUUUAGGUCAGAGUGAAACACUCUUCUACAUUUACGUUUUAGUCUUUUAGCAGACGCUUUCUCUCCAUCCUCCUCUCAACCACUCAAUCACUCUGCUCUCUCAUUUUUCACUUCCUUUCUCUGGCUUCCCUCCCUCUCCUCCUUCUCGCCACCACUCACCUAUCUUAUCUCUCUCUGUCCCUCUGUUCUCCUCUCCCUCUUUCCCCUCCUCCGCUUAUCUCCUCUCCUUUUUCCCCUCUAUCUGUUCCUGUGUGAUUGUGUUGGUGCUCGAGAGCUGUUGUUGUGGGUCUGAAUGCAGCCUCCCUCAGCCUGAGUGACUGAGUGGAGAUGGAGGGAGUUCUCUUCUUUGUUCUACCUCUUACUGCUCCUCUGCACCAUGCACCUCUCCUUUCCUCUCCUCCUCUCUCUUACUCCCUCCUUUCCUCUCCUCCUCUCUCUUACUCUCUCCUCUCUUACUCUCUCCUCUCUUACUCUCUCCUUUCCUCUCCUCCUCUCUCUUACUCUCUCCUUUCCUCUCCUCCUCUCUCUUACUCUCUCUUCCUCUCUCCUUUCCUCUCCUCCUCUCUCUUACUCUCUCUUCCUCUCUCUUACUCUCUCCUUUCCUCUCCUCCUCUCUCUUAAUCUCUCCUUUCCUCUCCUCCUCUCUCUUACUCUCUCCUCCUCUCUCUUACUCUCUCCUUCCUCUCUCCUUUCCUCUCCUCCUCUCUCUUACCUCUCCUCCUCCUCUCUCUUAAUCUCUUCUCUCCUUUCCUCUCCUCCUCUCUCUUACUCUCCUCCUCCUCUCUCUUACUCUCUCCUUUCCUCUCCUCCUUUCUCUUACUCUCUCCUCCUCUCUCUUACUCUCUCCUUUCCUCUCCUCCUCUCUCUUACUCUCUCCUCUCUUACUCUCUCCUCUCUUACUCUCUCCUCUCUUACUCUCUCCUUUCCUCUCCUCCUCUCUCUUAAUCUCUCCUUUCCGUCUCCUCCUCUCUCUUACUCUCUCCUUUCCUCUCCUCCUCGCUCUUACUCUCUCCUCCUCUCUCUUACUCUCUCCUUUCCUCUCCUCCUCUCUCUUACUCUCUCCUCCUCUCUCUUACUCUCUCCUUUCCCUUCCUCUCCUCUCUCUUUACUCUCUCCUCUCUUACUCUCUCCUCCUCUCUCUUACUCUCCUCUUUCCUGCUCCUCCUCCUCUUACUCUCUCCUCUCUUAUCUCUCCCUCUCUUACGCUCUCCUCUCUUACUCUACUUUCCUCUCCUCCUCUCUCUUAAAACCCCCUCCUCUCUUUCCCUCCUUUCUCUCCCCCUCUCUUAAAUCUCUCCCCUCUCUUUUACUCUCCCCCUUUUCCCCUCCUCCUCUCUCUUUCUCUCUUCCUCCCCCCUCUUUCUCUCCCUUUUCCCCCUUUCUCUCUCCCCUCCCUUUCCCUCUCAACUCCCCUUUCCCUCUCUUUUCCUCCCUCCUCCCUUUCCCCCCCCCCCUCCACCCCCCUUGCUAGGCGACUAUUACCAAAAAGCCGUUUUUUCUGUUUUUAACAAACCAAUUGACCGACAGGCCCCCACAGCAAUUUGAACCUUUCCUUUUUUUUUCUUUUUUUUAUGAGGGCAUGCACACAUCGCAAGUUUCUCAGAAAAAACACCGGCAGAACUGUGCAGGAGGGGGGUUUUUGUUUCCAACAGCAAAUUUUUACUAGUUUUAGCGCCCCCCCUCCCCCUCCCCCUCCCCCCCCCCCGCCCCCCUCCCCCCCCCCCCCCCCCCUCCCCCCCCUUCCCCUCCCCCCCUCUCCCCCCUCCCCCCCCCCCCUUUCUCCCUCCCUGCCCCCCCUCUCUCCCCUCCUCCCCUCCCUCCCCCCUCUCCCUCUCCCCCCCCUUCCCUCCCCUCUCCCUCCCCUGCCCCCCUCUCCCCUCCCUUCCCCCUCCCCGCCCCCCUCUCUCCCUCUCCCCCCUCCCCCUCCCCCCCCCUCUCUCCCUCCCCUCUCCCCCUCCCCUCCCUCUCCCGCCCCCCUCCUCCCCUCCCUUCCCCCCCCUCUCCCCCUCCCUCCCCUCUCCCUCUCCCUCUCCGUGCCUCCCUCUCCCUCCCCUCUCCCUCCCCCUCCCUCUCCCUGCCCCUCUCCCCUCUCCCUCCCCCCUCCCCCCCCUCCCUUCCCCCCCUCCCUCCCCCCCCUCUCCCUCUUCUCCCCCCCCCCCCCCCUCCCCCUCCCCCCCUCCCCCCCCCCCUCUCCCUCUCCCUCUCCCUCCCCCCCCCUCUCCCUCUCCCUCCCCUGCCCCCCCUCUCCCCUUUCCCCCUCCCUUCCCCCCCUCUCCCCUCUUCCCUCUCCCCCCCCCCUCUCUCCCUCUCCCUCUCCCUCCCCCUUCUCCCUCUCCCUCUCCCUCUCCCCCCCUCCCCUUCCCCCCCUCCCCUCUCCCUUUCCCCCUCUCCCUCUCCCUCUUCUCCCCCCCCCCUCUCCUCCCUCUCCCCCCCCCCCCCUUCCCCCUCCUCCCCCCCUUUCCCCCCUUCCCCCCCCCUCUCCCUCCCCCCCUCUCCCUUCCCUCUCCCUCUCCCUGCCCCCCCCCUCCCCCUCCCUUCCCUCCCCCCCCUCCCCUCUCCCUCUCCCUCCCCCCCCCUUUUCCCCCCUCCCUCUCCCUGCCCCCCUCUCUCCCCUCUCCCCCCUCCCUUUCCCCCCCCCCUCUCCCUCUCCCCCUCCCCCCCCCCUCCCCACCCCCCUCCCUUCCCCUUUCCCCCCCCCUCUCCCUUUUUUUCCCCCCCCCGCCCCCUCUCCCUUUUUUCCUUCCCCCCCCCCUUCUCCCCUCCCCCCCUGCCCCCCCGCUUCCCCUUUUCCCUCCCCCCCCCCCUCCCCCCUUUCCCCCCCCCUCCCCCCUCUCCCGCCCCCCCUCCCUUCCCCCCCCCCCCUCUCCCUUCCCCCCUUUUACCCCUCCCCUUCCCCCUUUCCCCCCCCCCCUCCCCCCCUUCCCCCCCCCCUUUCCCCCUUUUCCCCCCCCCUUCCCCCCCCCCCUUUCCCCCCCCCCCCCCUGCCCCCCCCCUCUACCCCUCCCUCCCCCCUCUCCCUCUCCUCUCCCUCCCCCCUCUCCCCCCCCCCUCCCUCCCUGCCCCCCCCCCCCCCAAUCUCCCCCCCCCCUUCUCCCCCUCCCUCUCCCGCCCCCUCCUCUCCCUCUUCCCUCCCCCCCCCCCACCCCCCCCUCCCCGCCCCCCUCUUCCCCUCUCCCCUCCCCCCCCCCCCUCCCUCCCCCCCCUCUCUCCCCUCCCCCCCCCUCCCCCCUCCCCCCUCCCCCCCCUCCCCCCUUCCCCACCCUCCCUUUCCCCCCUCUUCCUUCUCCCUUUCCCCCCCCCCUUUUUUCCCUCCCGCCCCCCUCCCCCUUCUCCCUUCCCCCCCUCUCCCCCCCCUCCCCCUUCCCGUGCCCUCUCUUCCCCCUUUUCCCUUCCCUCCCCCCUCUCUCCCUCUUUCUCCCUUUCCCCCCCCUUUCUCCCCCUUUCCCCCACCCCUUCCCCACCCCCCCCCCCGCCCCUCCCCCCUUCCUUUUUACCUCUCCCUUUUCCCCCCCUCUCUUUCCUUUUUCCCUUUCCCCCCCCCCCCUCUCUCCCUCCCCCCCCCCCCUCUCCCUCUCCCUUCCCCCCUCUCCCCUCUCCCCCCUCCCUUCCCCCCCCUCUCCCCCCCCCCUCUCCCCCCCCCCCCCCUCUUCCCUCUUCCUCCCCUUUUCUCCCCUUCCCCCUCCUCCCCCCUCCCCCCCCUCCCCCCUCUCUCCCCUCCCUCUCCCUCCCCCCCCCCCUCUUUCCCCCUCCCCCUCUCCCUCUCCCUGCUCCCUCUCCUCUCCCUCUCCCUGCCCCCUCUCUCCCUACCUCCCCUCCCUCCCUGCCCCCCUCUCUACCUCCCCUCCCCUCUCCCCUCUCUCUCCCUGCCCCCCUCCCUCUCCCUCUCUCCUCUCCCUGCCCCCCUCUCCCCUCUCCCUCUCCCUGCCCCCCUCUCUCCCUCUCACCUCUCCCUGCCCCCUCUCCUCUCUCCCUCUCCCUCUCCCUGCCCCCUCUCUCCCUCUCCCUCUCCCUGCCCCCUCUCCCUACCCCUCUCCCUUCCUCUCCCUGCCCCCUCUCUUCCUUUCUCUACUCCUCCCUGCCCCUCUCUUCCUUUCUACCUAUCCCUGCCCCCCUUUCUACCUUUCCUACCUCCCCCUGCCCCCUCUCUCUACCUCUCCCCUUCCCCCCUCUCCCUCCUCCCUCUCCCUGCCCCCCCUCCUCCCUCCCCCCUCUCUCCCUGCCCCCCGCCCCCUCUCUCUUCCCUCUCUACCUCCCUCUCUCCCUGUCCCCCUCUCUCCCUCUCCCUCUCCCUGCCCCCCUCUCUCCCUCUCCCUCUCCCUGCCCCCCCUCUCCCUCUCCCCCUCUCUCCCCUCUCCCUGCCCCCCCUCUCUACCUCUCCCUGCCCCCAUCUCUCCCUCUAACCUCUCCCUGCCCCCCUCUCUCCCUCUCUACCUCUCCCUGCCCCCCUCUCUCCCUCUCAAACUCUCCCUGCCCCCCUCUCUCCCUCUCUACCUCUCCCUGCCCCCUCUCUCCCUCUCUACCUCUCCCUGCCCCCCUCUAUCCCUCUCUACCUCUCCCUGCCCCCCUCUCUCUCCCUCUCCCUCUCCCUGCCCCACUCUCUCCCUCUCCCUGCACCCCUCUCUCCCUCUCCCUACCCCUCUCCCCUUCCUCUCCCUGCCCCCUCUCUUCCUUUCUACCUCUCCCUGCCCCCUCUCUUCCUUUCUACCUAUCCCUGCCCCCCUUUCUACCUUUCUACCUCCCCCUGCCCCCUCUCUCUACCUCUCCCUUCCCCCCUCUCCCUCUCCCUCUCCCUGCCCCCCUCCUCUCCCUCUCCCUGGCCCCCUCUCUCUCCCUGCCCCCCGCCCCCUCUCUCCCUCUCUAACCCUCUCCCUCUCCCUGUCCCCCUCUCACCUCUCCCUCCCCCCCUCUCUCCCCCUCCCCUGCCCCCCCUCUCCCUCUCCCCCUCUCUCUCCCUCUCCCUGCCCCCCUCUCUACCUCUCCCUGCCCCCAUCUCUCCCUCUCUACCUCUCCCUGCCCCCAUCUCUCCCUCUCACCUCUCCCUGCCCCCCUCUAUCCCUCCUACCUCUCCCCUGCCCCCUCUCUCUCCCUCUACCUCUCCGUGCCCCUCUCUCUCCCUCUCUACCUCUCCCUGCCCCCUCUCUCUCCCCUCUACCUCUCCGUGCCCCUCUCUCCCCCCUCUCUACCGCUCCCCUGCCCCCCCUCUCUACCGCUCCCUGCCCCCCUCUCUACCGCUCCCUGCCCCCCCUCUCUACCGCUCCCUGCCCCCCUCUCUACCGCUCCCUGCCCCCCCCCUCUCCCUUUCCCUGCCCCCCUCUCUCCCUCUCUACCUCUCCCUGCCCCCCUCUCUACCGCUCCCUGCCCCCCUCUCUACCUCUCCCUGCCCCCCUCUCUACCGCUCCCUGCCCCCCUCUCUACCGCUCCCUGCCCCCCUCUCUACCUCUCCCUGCCCCCCUCUCUCCCUCUCUACCUCUCCCUGCCCCCCUCUCUCCCUCUCUACCUCUCCCUGCCUCCCUCUCCUUUCUCUCUGGACAGUUCUACACAGUUGAUCUGCCUACCUGUCUGUAGUGCUCCUGCACCAUCACAUCAGCUCACGUUUGAUCACACACACACACUCUCACUCAUACUAUUUUACCUGAGGCUCUGGGUAGUAGGCAGCUUACCUUCCUAAGUCCUAAGCUUGACAAUUAGUGAGAUAACAUCUAAGAUCAGUGUCUAGGGGCAACUUCAUCCUACUUCGUCUAAGUGUGUGUGAGUCAUGUGUUUUGAGGUUAGUUAGGCCCAGCUGUUGUAGUGCACGGCCCUGUGAAAUGAGACCAGCAGAGUGCAGCUGUGUACACACACACACACACACACACCCUUCUCCUCCAGAUAGAAGAGGAACAGACUCACACAACACUUUAUUAACCCAGAUGGUAUUAGGACUGCAUUCUAGUUCAGGUGUGUGUGUGCAUGUGGCUGGAUAGUUUUGAUGUGUGUAUGUGGUUGUGCCCAGGCUCGAUGUACAGAUGGCUGUCUAGGACGCUGCUGUGUGUGUGUAUGUAUGUGUGCGUGCAUGCUCAGAAGGACAAAUGCACGCACACACACACAUCAAAUGCAGUGGUCCAUGUAAAAUAGAAAAUAGUUCCAACUCCUUCAGUGAGAUUCUGCUGACAACUACUGACUAUUAGAGGUACAUUAAGAGAGAACGAGACAAGGACCGAUUCAGAGAAAGAGCGAGAGAGAGAGAGAGAGAGAGAGAGAGAGAGAGAGAGGAGGGAGAGAAGAAGAGAGGAAAGCAUGAUUUUAUUAAGCAAACUCAUCUUACUCUGUGUCAAUUAACGAUCCACCAUCUUUUACCCUCCCUUGAAUUACACCUGAUGCGGUGCAGAGGAGUGAAGAAGAGAUCUUAAAAAGAUCACAGCGUUUUAAUGCUUGGACUGAGGUCACAGACGGAGACAUUAGCUUCAAAUCUCAAUUAAAACAAAGCGAUUUUAAAUCAAAUAUUAUUCAUCACAUAACCAGUUUAGACUAGAGUGGUGAUGGAUAGAGAAUGUCUCCUCCAACCCUCCCUUAAACAAAAUGUUUAAUGGAAUAAGAGUCUACCCAUCGCCUGACUACAUUGUAAAUGAGUGGUAAUUAACAGUGCUGCUCUCGGUCUCCCCCUCCAGGCCAUAGAAAAGUACUGCAGGGUCAGCGGUGGGUUCUCUGGGGUCAAGGACGUCUACUCCUCCAACCCAACCUACGACGAUGUCCAGCAGAGCUUCUUCUUGGCAGAGACGCUCAAGUAAGUCUUCCGCCAUUUUGGAUCAAGACUGCACACCCAAUAGCUCUCCAGGAGGAAGGUUGGCCAGCCCCUGUACUAGGGUGAUAUUACACUGGUUGUUGUUUUAGACUGAUCUGAGGUGAGGUGGAGUGGAUGGGGCAGCUCCCCCGUGUCCUGUUCAUUCACAUCCAGUUGGUAUGAGAUGGGGAUGUCCUGGCAGCUCCCAGAAUGCACUGGAACUGUGUGCUCUGCUCCCCCCUGCUGGUCGCUCUGCUUGUUGCUGUUCACAUCGUCUCAUACAAAUACUACUACAGCACUGAUGAACAGAAUAUAGCAGCUGAAUAUUGUCUGCUCUCUCUCCUCUUUCUCCCUCCCUCUCUCUUGUCCAGGUAUCUGUACUUGUUGUUCUCCAGUGAUGACCUGAUGCCUUUGGAGAGCUGGGUGUUCAACACGGAGGCCCACCCCCUGCCGGUGCUGCACCUGGCCAACCUCACCCUACCAGGGAGCCAGGCCCAGCGGUAG